CUUUAUACGGCUUCUACCCUCCCGCAUCAAGGAGACUGAUCAAGAGUUAUCUUCAAAGAAAUACAUUUUCAUUUCCUUCAAAUUUUAGAGGCAUCUGUGGUUUCCAAACCCUUAACCUUUUUCAUACAGAGAGAAUCUUGAUGGGCAAUUACAGGUUCAGGUUAUCAGAUAUGAUGCCCAAUGCCUGGUUCUACAAGCUGAAAGAUAUAGGCAGAGCCAGAAACCAUAGCAACGCCAACCCUUCCAAGAAAAAACUACAACACCCGGUAUCUCCUGCUUCAACAACAACACAGCCAUCAAAAAUAAAGCAACCGCACCAUUCUUAUCCAAGAAAGUCUUAUUACUUCACUAGAGAGCUUAUCCCAACUGAUAGAUUCUAUGGUUCUCCCACAAACACCAAAUCAGCAAAUGCCCAUUUCCCUGACCCACCAAGAAAAUCUUCCAAAAAACGAUCCAGAAAAAGAAAUAACAGGUCCUCUCCCAAGCUUGUCACUUCCUCUGUUUCUGCCGGUUGUAGCUGCCGUGCCACACUCUGGACUAAGGCUGAUUCUCCCCCAGAAUACUCGGCUUCUUCCUCUUCUGAUAGCUCUUCAGACCAAAAACUUUGUGAGUCUUUCCCGCAAGAAUUCAGGUCUGACUGCAUUCUCACUACCGAAUCAUUCGAUAACAUGGUAUCCUGGUCGCGUUCUUGUACCUGCAAAGUCAAUUCAAAUGCUAACGAUAUCGUUAUCGAUGUUGAUAACAAGUCUUUUGUUAAGAAAUUCGACAAGCUAGAUGAGUUCGACAAAUUGUCUGAGCUUGAACUCCCUCCGAUCAUAACCAAGCCAGCUAAGUUCAACGAUACGGUAAAGGAUAUCAAGAGGAAAGAGCAGAAUAGUGAACCGACCAAGUAUCGAAGGAGUUCAGCUAAGUUUGAGGAAAAAAAUGCUCACGGUUCACUUUCUGUCAAGGUUGUCAAGGAAGAGAGAAUCACAGUGAAGGAGCAGAAGAACUAUACUCCGGUUAGAAUUUCUGUCAAUUCUCCUGGUGUAAGGCUGAGGAUAAAUUCUCCAAAAAUUGCAAGCAGAAGAAUCCAGGGUCAUGCUAGAAAAAGCGUGUCGUCAAGUUCAAGCUCGAGCUCAAGGAGGAGUCUGUCGGAUAGUUUUGCGGUGGUGAAGUCGUCGUUCGAUCCUCAGAGAGACUUCAGGGACUCGAUGGUGGAGAUGAUUAUGGAGAACAACAUCAGGGCAUCAAAGGACUUGGAGGAUUUGCUUGCCUGCUAUCUUUCUUUGAAUGCUGAUGAAUAUCAUGACGUUAUCAUCAAGGUCUUCAAGCAAAUCUGGUUUGAUUUGAGUGAUGUCCGGUUGAAAUAAUUUCCUCAGAAAUACUAUAAAAUAUAUAUAUAUAUUUGUAUAUUUCUUCUUUCUCUUUCGUUUUCUAGUGUUCACUGUUAUCAUUAUCCUAUCAUCACUCUUCUUUCAAAGUAAAUACCACUAGUCCUUAGAUGAGCAUUUUGAUGACGAACGUUUUUUUUACUGAAUAAAUGUAGGAAACCCAAGAGGUAGAACAUUUUUGCUGUGUAUUUUUAUUGGUUGCCCUGUUUUAUUCUGUCAUUACGCUUCGGACCUGUUGAGACCGUGUUUUAUUAAUAAGGCUUUUCCUGC